GAUUAAAGCGCAUAAUAUUUUAAAACAAUAUUGUUUGACAAAGUGAGUUUUAAAAUUUUAUUAUAAAAUACCUCAUCAGAAUGUGGCGACCACCAAUAACAUUUCUUCGAAAGGUUGUAAAUACCCCAUUGAAGAAAACUUUUUCAGUAUCUAAGUUACUAUAUUCUACUCGAUCUAAUUCUUUAAAACCAGCAAAACUAACACUAUUGAGUGCCGGCAUAGGUGUUCUGUUAGGGGCUGGAUACGGUGGUUACACUCAUUACAAGAUAAAUGCGAAAAAAAUUACCGGCCCAGCGCAAACUGAAGAUUAUCCGUUUUUGGAGAAGAAACCUAAGUACCAGCCACAUUACAAAAUUGUCAAUGAAUCAGACACAAGUGAUUUGCAAUUAGUAUUAUUUCAAUACCGAACAUGUCCAUUUUGCUGUAAAGUGAGAUCAUAUUUAGAUGCCAGGGGAAUUAGCUAUGAAGUGGUUGAAGUAGAUGCUGUUCUGCGUCAGGAUAUCAGAUGGUCGAAUUAUAAGAAAGUUCCCAUUCUGUUAGCUAAAGUAGAUGGUGGCUAUCAGCAACUGUUGGAUAGUACAGCAAUCAUCUCAGUGUUGGAGACAUAUUUGCGUGACAAGUCACAUCAACUGACAGAUGUAGUCAAGUUUUAUCCCAUAGCAAAAUAUGAUGAUGAGAAUGGUAAAAGUGUGGUGGACAUAACCAACAAGUAUUUUAUUAUGCAUAAUGCCAGUGUUCCAAAUACAAAUGAACGUACAGCAGAGGCAGAGGAGCGACAAUGGCGACAGUGGGCUGACAAAGUGCUUGUGCACACACUUUCCCCCAAUGUAUACAGAACUGCAGGUGAAGCUCUCGAGACAUUUAAAUGGUUUGAAGAAGUUGGUGGUUGGAGGCAAUCUUUCCCAAGUUGGGAAUGCGCCUUGAUGGUUUAUGGCGGAGCAGCAGCUAUGUGGAUCAUUGCAAAGAGGCUUAAAGCCAGGCAUAAUAUCAAAGAUGACGUAAGACAGUCUCUUUAUGAUGCAGCAAAUGAAUGGAUGAAAGUUAUAAAUACGAAAGGAACACCAUUCCUUGGUGGUAAGGAGCCAAAUCUAGCUGACAUUUCAGUUUUUGGUGUUCUUAGCAGUAUAGAAGGCUGCCAAGCAUUCAAGGACUUGAAAAUGAACACAAAGAUUGGAGUGUGGUUUGAGGAUAUGAAGAAAAGCAUGGAUAGAAGUCGAGGAAAGGCUUUACAAGUGACCCACGCGUAGAGUUAUCUAUUUUGACAUAUUGAAUAAAGAUUCAACUUUCAAAUUGAGAAAUAAGUAAAGAACUUCCAUAACACUGUUUAAAUAU